GUCGGAGCCGGCAUUUCCCGGGCGCCCCCUCGCGGGGCACUUCAGCGGGGCUUCUGUUCCCGGCGGCCCUCGCGGCAGGUUCCGGGCGUAAGGGCAGUUCGUGAUGGCCGGGUCUGGUUCCGCCGCUGUGUCCGGGGCUGGAACCCCGGUGGCAGGGCCCGCAGGCCGCGACCUCUUCGCCGAGGGGCUCCUGGAGUUCCUGCGACCGGCUGUGCAGCAGCUAGAUUCUCACGUCCACGCCGUCAGAGAGAGCCAGGUGGAGCUCCGGGAACAGAUUGAUAACCUAGCUACCGAACUGUGCCGUAUCAAUGAGGAUCAGAAAGUGGCCCUGGAUCUCGACCCGUAUGUGAAGAAGCUACUUAAUGCCCGGCGACGGGUUGUCUUGGUCAACAACAUUCUACAGAAUGCCCAGGAACGCCUGAGGCGGCUAAACCACAGUGUUGCCAAGGAAACAGCCCGAAGGAGGGCAAUGCUGGAUUCAGGAGUUUAUCCCCCUGGUUCCCCAAGCAAGUAAGAGACCAGAAGUGGGCCGAUGGCCUCAGGAUAGCACAAGUACUAUUUCCUGGCUGCCUCGGUACCUCCAGGACACCCUGCAAACCUUGGAACAUCGAAAGGCAGUCCUGUGGUUUGUGUUUGAAGCACUUAGGGUCUUACCCCUUUAUGUAGGGAUCCAAAGAAACGUGUGCACAGGACUCGGGAUCCCAAAGGAUUUGUUACAGCUCUUUCUUCCAAGAAUGAGCUGAGGCCUCUACGUUUGAGUUUUUUAAAGCUACGUAUUCAAGGUCCACCUCUACCUUCUUCAAGCCUAGUUAACCAGGGAGGGGCUUUCUGUUACAUGGCUUUGUUGGGGCUUGGGCAGCGUGUCCUCUGCGAUCUCAUUUUCCUGUCUACUCUGAGGAUUUGGAGGGUAGACAGUCAACGUGAAUGACCCAUCUACCCUAUUUUGUUGGUUUCACUGGCUUGAAUACAGUAGCAGUCUUGCUAGAACCAUUUAAUUCAAUAAAUGCUUGAGCAGUAUUACAGUAUUCUAGUCGACUCUGGUAUAACGGAAAGUUUCCAAGAUUUUUUUUAUACUUUAAUUCAAAUACAACUUCAAAUUGUCACCUAGUGU